AUGCCGUUUGAGGACGGCGCCUUUGAUGCGGUCUACGAGAUCGACGCCACCUGCCAUGCGCCCGACCACGUGGGCUGCUACCGGGAGGUGUUCCGGGUGCUGAAGCCGGGGGGCCACUUUGCCGGCUACGAGUGGUGCGCCACCAGCGAGUACGACCCGAAGAACGAGCAGCAUCGCAAGAUCAUGGCGGAAAUCGAGCUCGGUAACGGCCUGCCAGAUGUCCGCACAACUGCCGAGACCGCAGACAGCCUCAGGGCCGCCGGCUUCGAGGUGCUCGACACGCGGGACCUGGCGCUCGAGGCGGAUGUACCCUGGUGGGAUCCAGUGGACCCAGACUCCUGGCGGCUCGGGAACUUCCGCACCACUAAGGCGGGCCGCAGGGUGACUCACGCCUUGGUGCGUGGCCUGGAGGCGGUCGGUGUCGCGCCAAAGGGCUCCUUGGAGGUCGCGACCAUGCUGGAGCAGGCAGCAGACGACCUGGUGGCUGGCGGCAAGACGGGCACCUUCACACCACUCUUCUUUUUCCUGGUGCGGAAGCCGCUGCAAGCUGCCAGCUAG